GGGAAGCGCAUUUGAGGCGCGCUCGCGUCACCACACACAUAAACACACACACGCGCACGCAGGCUACAGCAACACACCACCGGGAGCAUCCCUCAAACGGAGAGGGAGCGCUCGUUUCGGUUUGACAAUCUGGAAGAAUCACAGCGCUAUAUUUUGUCACGUUUCAUAACAGGACUGUGUGUGUGUGUGUGUGACGCCGCAGAAUGAUCCCGGGCCCCGCCGAGCCUUGUGGAUUCUGAGGCCCCCCCCGCCGCAAGAGAUCCACCUUGCACCCUCACUGACCGCGGUGCCUCCAGCAGCAGCACAGCCCGAGACAGAAUGGCAAGUAGCCCCGAAGGAAGUCUCUCCAGGGGCGGCGGCUCCGAACGCGACCUGAAAAUGGCCUCUUCGAGCAACACGUCCCCGGAGGGUGGACCUCCACCACCGCUGCACCAGAACCGCAUACGGCAGUCUGACAGUAACACCAGUUUCCUGCGGGCGGCCAGAGCGGGGAACAUCGACAAAGUCCUCGACUUCCUGAAAAAUGGAGUAGACAUCAGCACUUGUAACCAGAACGGUCUGAACGCGCUGCAUCUGGCAGCGAAGGAGGGACACAAGGAUUUAGUGGAGGAGCUGUUGGAGAGAGGAGCGCCUGUCAACUCUCCCACCAAGAAAGGAAACACUGCCCUCCAUAUUGCCUCAUUGGCCGGACAAAAAGAAGUAGUCCGACUACUGGUGAAGAGAGGAGCAGACGUCAACUUUCAGUCACAGAAUGGCUUCACUCCGCUCUACAUGGCAGCCCAGGAGAACCACUUGGAGGUGGUGCGAUACAUGUUGGAAAAUGAAGGGAACCAAAGCAUUGCAACAGAGGACGGCUUCACUCCGCUGGCCAUCGCUCUCCAGCAGGGCCACAACUCGGUGGUCUCCCUGCUGCUGGAGCACGACACCAAGGGUAAGGUCCGCCUCCCGGCCCUGCACAUCGCUGCCCGCAAAGACGACACCAAGUCGGCCGCGCUGCUGCUCCAGAACGACCACAACGCCGACGUCCAGUCUAAGAUGAUGGUCAAUAGAACCACAGAGAAUGGGAAGCAGAGUGGGUUUACCCCUCUGCACAUCGCGGCUCACUACGGCAACGUGAAUGUCUCCACCCUGUUGCUGAACAGAGGAGCCGCUGUGGACUUCACAGCCAGGAAUGGGAUAACGCCUCUCCACGUGGCCUCCAAGAGAGGCAACACCAACAUGGUGGCCCUGCUGUUGGACCGAGGGGGUCAGAUAGAUGCUAAAACCAGGGACGGGCUGACCCCCCUGCACUGUGCAGCCAGAAGUGGACAUGACCCAGCAGUGGAAAUUCUGCUGGAGAGAGGAGCUCCCAUCUUAGCCAGAACCAAGAACGGACUGUCGCCGCUGCACAUGUCGGCCCAGGGAGACCACGUGGAGUGUGUGAAGCUCCUGCUGCAGCACAAAGCACCGGUAGAUGACGUCACACUGGACUACCUCACGGCGCUGCACGUCGCAGCUCACUGCGGCCACUACAGAGUCACAAAGCUUCUGCUGGACAAGAAGGCCAAUCCUAAUAUCAGAGCUCUGAAUGGUUUCACUCCUCUCCAUAUCGCUUGCAAGAAGAACAGGGUGAAGGUGAUGGAACUGUUGGUCAAAUAUGGAGCCUCCAUUCAGGCCAUUACUGAGUCUGGUCUGACGCCCAUCCAUGUAGCUGCCUUCAUGGGCCACCUCAACAUCGUUUUACUUCUGCUGCAGAAUGGAGCAUCUCCUGACGUCCGUAACAUUCGUGGUGAGACAGCUCUCCACAUGGCAGCACGAGCGGGUCAGAUGGAAGUGGUUCGCUGUUUGCUGAGGAACGGAGCGUUGGUGGAUGCUAUAGCCAGGGAGAACCAGACCCCCCUCCACAUAUCGUCCCGUCUGGGGAAAACCGAUAUUGUCCAGCUGCUGCUGCAGCACAUGGCUCACCCGGACGCCGCCACCACCAACGGCUACACUCCCCUCCACAUCUCAGCUAGGGAGGGCCAGAUCGAGACCGCUGCCGUGCUGCUGGAGGCCGGAGCCUCACACUCGCUGGCCACGAAGAAAGGAUUCACUCCAUUACAUGUAGCAGCUAAGUAUGGAAACCUCGAUGUAGCAAAACUUCUCCUUCAACGCAAAGCUCUCCCUGAUGAUGCCGGCAAGAAUGGCCUGACUCCGCUACAUGUGGCAGCUCAUUAUGACAACCAAGAAGUAGCUCUGCUGCUGCUGGAUAAAGGUGCAUCGCCUUAUGCCACUGCAAAGAACGGCUACACUCCUCUUCACAUUGCCGCCAAAAAGAACCAGACGAACAUCGCGUUGGCGCUGCUGCAGUAUGAAGCAGAGACCAACGUUCUGACCAAGCAGGGAGUCAGCGCUCUGCACCUGGCGGCCCAGGAAGGACACGCUGAGAUGGCCAGCCUGCUGCUGGGCAAAGGAGCUCACGCCAACACAGCCACCAAGGCCGGACUGACGCCGCUGCAUCUGGCAGCCCAAGAGGACAGAGUCAGCGCAGCAGAAGUGCUGGCCAAACAUGAUGCCAACUUGGAUCAGCAAACUAAGCUGGGAUAUACCCCUCUGAUAGUGGCCUGUCACUAUGGAAAUGCCAAGAUGGUCAACUUCCUGUUACAGCAAGGUGCCAGUGUCAACGCCAAAACCAAGAAUGGAUACACACCCCUUCACCAAGCAGCACAACAAGGGAAUACACACAUCAUCAAUAUGUUGCUACAACAUGGCGCCAAGCCCAAUGCUACUACAGUGAAUGGAAACACUGCUCUGUCUAUUGCCAGACGUUUGGGUUACAUCUCUGUAGUGGACACACUGAAAGUCGUCACUGAGGAGGUCAUCACUACCACAACGACGGUCACAGAGAAACACAAGCUCAAUGUUCCCGAGACCAUGACUGAGAUCCUUGAUGUGUCUGAUGAAGAAGGUGAGGACACUAUGACAGGGGAUGGAGGGGAGUACCUGAGAGCGGAGGAUCUCAGAGAGCUGGGAGAUGACUCUCUGCCGGGACACUACCUGGACAGCUUCAGCUACAUGAGCCACAACCUGGACAGGCCGCAGCACACUCCCAUUCACCAAAGUUUCUGUCAGAGAGACGGAGUUCUCAUCGAAGACAUGCUCACAAGCCACCAGGUGUCAGCGCUGUCUAAAGAACACGAUAAGGACUCGUUCCGGCUGAGCUGGGGUGCUGAGCACCUUGAUAAUGUGGUGCUGUCCUCCAGUCUGCUACACUCUGGCCGUUCCUCUCCGUGCCUAGACCAUGACAACAGCAGCUUCCUGGUCAGCUUCAUGGUAGAUGCCAGGGGCGGGGCCAUGCGUGGUUGCCGUCACAACGGUCUGCGAAUCAUUGUGCCACCAAGAAAGUGUUCUGCACCCACGCGGGUGACAUGUAGGCUGGUGAAGAGACACCGUCUGGCCUCCAUGCCCCCUAUGGUGGAGGGUGAGGGGCUGGCUGGUCGCAUCAUCGAAGUGGGACCCACUGGAGCCCAGUUCCUGGGUAAGCUCCACCUUCCCACAGCUCCGCCCCCUCUAAAUGAGGGCGAGAGCCUGGUCAGUCGCAUCCUGCAGCUGGGUCCUCCAGGAACCAAGUUCCUCGGGCCCGUGAUUGUAGAGAUCCCCCAUUUUGCAGCCCUGCGGGGAACAGAGAGAGAGCUGGUGAUCUUGAGGAGUGAGACGGGGGAGAGCUGGAGGGAACACCACUGUGACUUCACCGAAGAGGAACUGAACCAGAUACUUAACGGCAUGGAUGAAAAACUUGAUUCUCCUGAGGAGCUUGAAAAGAAAAGAAUAUGCCGCAUCAUCACUCGAGACUUCCCGCAGUAUUUUGCGGUGGUGUCACGGAUAAAGCAGGACAGUCAUUUGAUUGGACCAGAGGGCGGGGUCCUCAGUAGCACUCUCGUGCCCCAGGUCCAGGCUGUCUUCCCCGAGGGAGCCCUCACCAAAAAGAUCAGAGUUGGGUUACAGGCUCAGCCCAUUGAUGUCGAUGUGGUGAGAAAGAUUCUGGGUAACAAAGCCACAUUCAGCUCAAUUGUCACAUUGGAGCCAAGAAGGAGGAAGUUCCACAAGCCGAUCACGAUGACAAUCCCUAUUCCCAAGAGCUCCAAUAGUGAGGAGCCAAGCGGAGUGUACAGUGGGGAGACCCCCACCUUACGUUUGCUUUGUAGCAUUACAGGUGGAACGACUCCCGCCCAAUGGGAGGACAUAACCGGCUCCACGCCUCUCACCUUUGUUAACCAAUGUGUGUCCUUCACCACAAACGUGUCGGCGAGGUUCUGGCUGAUAGACUGCAGACAGAUCCAGGAGUCGGUUAGCUUUGGCACUCAGCUGUACAGAGAAAUCAUCUGUGUUCCAUACAUGGCCAAGUUUGUCAUCUUUGCCAAGACACUGGACCCCAUUGAGGCCCGUCUGCGCUGUUUCUGCAUGACGGACGACAAGAUGGACAAGACCCUAGAGCAGCAAGAGAACUUCACUGAAGUUGCCCGGAGCCGAGAUGUUGAGGUGCUGGAAGGAAAACCCAUAUUUGCCGACUGCUUUGGAAACCUGGUGCCUCUAACCAAGAGCGGACAGCACCAUGUCUUUAGCUUCUUUGCUUUCAAAGAGAACAGACUGGCCCUCUUCAUCAAAAUUAGAGACACAGCACAGGAGCCAUGUGGUCGCUUGUCCUUCACCAAGGAACCACGCACAUAUCGUACACUAAACCACAAUGCCAUCUGCAACCUUAACAUCACUCUCCCAACAUACUCAAAGGAGUCUGAUUCAGACCAAGAUGCAGAUGAUGAGAGCGAGAGGAGUGACAAGAAAUAUGAUGAGUCUGAAUCAACUGAGACAUUCUCCCUGAGAACUAACCAACCUCUUGACCCUGCAACCCUUGCAAGCCCGGACCUUCUCUCAGACAAGUCGGACGUCCGAUCAUCCGCUGCAGAGCAAAUUGAGCACUUAUCAUAUGAAGAGAGAGCUGGAGGUAGAGGGUUGGACGAAAAAGAGCCUUUGGCCAUUGUGUUCAAAGACAGGUUGGAAAAGGUUGAAGGGAUUCAAAGAAGUGGCAUCAAUGAAAGUAGACAGGUACAAGGACAGGAUGCUACAAAAGAGAAAUGGAGUUCACUCUCUGAGACUAGGUCUGUUGAAAAAAAGUAUCCCCCUGUCGAAGAACCAGUUUUCCAGGAGAUUUGCAUUGAGGGGACGACUUCAAGUAGAUCUGCCACAGAGGUCAGAGACAUGACAGGCAUGGUCUCACAACUCAGCCUCGACAUGGACCAAUACCUUGAGGAGAGAUCUGUAGUGACAUGUAGUUCUCUAGAAGACCUUGUCCAAGAUAAAUUUGAUCAGGUUAUUGUAAAGCGCGAUGGCAAACGGCGUCCACCAGACAUCAAGAAACCUAUUAGAAAGAAACUUAGAGACAGAGAGCGUUCUGGAUGUAGUAGCUCUGAGGGCGAGCUGGAAAGGAUGAGCUCUGAAGAGUCUUUAGAUGGCGAUGUUGUUCUUAAGGAGAGUGCUCUUUUACCCACCACAGUCAUGGAUCCUCCAACUUCUCCUUCAGUGGUUGAGACACCUAUAGGAUCAAUAAAGGAAAGACUUAAAGCUUUACAGAACAAAGCUGAAGAGGAGGGGGUGAACAAAGAUACUCAGGAAGUAAUUCCUCAGGCAAAAUAUUCUAUUGCCAAAAGGAAGAAUGAGGCAAACAUGCCAGAACUUCCCAGAGUUCCCAAGUCCCCUAAAUCCCCCAGAUCUCAGACGGAGAGAUUAGAGGAGACUAUGUCUGUUAAGGAACUGAUGAACGCAUUUCAGACUGGACAGGACCCUUCAAAAAGUAAAGCUGGCCUUUUUGAGCACAAAGCAGUGGCUUCGUCUUGUAUUUCAACAUUGAUAUCUGAAUCAGGAGAUUCUGAUCAGAUACAGAGGACAGAACAAAAUCUUAUGCAGGAGCCAAACUCCCAAACUCAGAGGCUCAAAAAUUUCAAUCAAGAGAGUGAUGUCAACAAAUCUGACAAAACAGAUGUAGAUGAUCAACCUGUAAGCUUAAUUAACGAUAACUCAGAGGAAUCACAGUUAAUGUCACAUAGUGCUUCUUUUGGUAAGGCAGUCAAAUUUGCUGAUACAAUUCAAUGUGACGACGGAAGAGUUAGCCCACAGACAGAGGUGCCAGAAAAGGAGACUAUGUCUGUGAAGGAGCUGAUGAAAGCAUUCGGGACAGAGCAUGAUCCCUCAAAAACCAAAGCUGGUGUGUCUCCUUGCAUUUCAACGAUAUCUGAAUCAGGAGAUUCUGAAGAGAUAAACACCAUUAACCAAAAUGCUCUGCAAGAGCCCAAAUCCCAAAUCCAAACUCAGAACCUCACCAUUUUCUAUCAACAGAGUGAUGUCAAGAAAUGUGACGAAAAAGACACAGAGGAACAGCCAGCAAGCCUUAUCAGAGAUAACUCAAAGAAAUCCCUAUUAAUUUCAGAUAGUGCUUCUUUUGGAAAGAUGGUAACAUUUGCUGAUACAGUUCAAUGUGAUGACAGAAGUGUUAGCCCACAGAGAGAAACUUCAGAGUUGUCAGAGAAGGAGACUUUGUCAGUUAAGGAGCUGAUGAAAUCAUUCCAGUCUGGGCAUGAUCCCUCAAAAAAUAAAGCUGGGCUUUAUGAACACGAAGCUGUUGCUUCUUCUUGUAUUUCAACAUUGAUAUCUGAAUCAGGAGAUUCUGAAGAGAUGGAGAUGUCUGAGCAUGGUGCUACACAGAAGCCAAAAUCCCAAACUCAGAAUCUCACAAGUUUCCACCAACAGAGUGAUGGCAAGGAAUGUUAUACAACAGACUUAAGGGAUCGACCAGUAAGCUUAAGGAGAGAUAACUCUGAAGAAUUACAGUUAAUUUCAGAUCAUUCUUAUUUUGGAAAGACAGUAACAUUUGCUGAUACAAUUCAGUGUGACAAUGAAAAUGUUAGCCAACAGAGAGAGGCAUCAGAUUCAGAGUCAGAGAAGGAAAGUGUGUCUGUUAAAGACCUGAUGAAAGCCUUCCAGACUGGGCAUGAUCCCUCAGAAUCUCAAGCUGGGCUUUAUGAACACAACGUUAUGGCUUCUUCCAUUUCAACAUUGAUAUCUGAAUCAGGAAAUUCUGAAGAGAUACAUAUGACUGCACAAAGGACUGAGCAAAGUCCUAUGCAGGAGUCAAAGCCACAAACCCAAACUCAGAGCGUCAUAAUUGUCUAUCAAGGCAGUGAUGUCAAGAAAUUUGACAAAACAGACUUCCCAGAUGACUCUGAGGAGUCACAGUUCAUUUCAGAUGGCACUUAUUUUGGAAAGACAGUAACAUUUGCUGAUACAGUUCAGUGUGAGGAUGGAGGUGUUAUCCCACAGAGAGAGGCAUCAGAGUUGUCAGAGAAAGAGACUACAUCUGUUAAGGAGCUGAUGAAAGCAUUCCAGACUAGACAGGACCCUUUUAAAAGUAAAGCUGGUUUGGGUGAACACAAUGCCAGUGCUUCGUGUAUUUCAACACUGAUAUCUGAAUCAGUGGGUCCUGAAGAGAUACAGAUGACUCAACACAGUCCCACACAGGAGCCUAAAUCGCAAUCCCAAAUACAAAAUGUCACAAUUUUCCAUCCCCAAAGUGAUAUCGACAUAUGUGGAACAUUAGAUUUAGAGGCUCAAACAAUAAACUUAAUGAGCGAUAACUCUGAGGAAUUACAGCUAAUUUCAGAUAUUGCUUAUUUUGGAGAAACAAUAGAAAUUGAUGAUACAAUUCAGUUUGAUGAUGUAAGGGUUUACCCUCAGAGAGAAGAGCCAGAGUUGUCAGGAAAAGGCAGGAUGCAGUUAGAGGAACCGGUCAUAGGCACUGGUAGGAGUUUAUCUGAAGACCUACAGAUCAGCCCUGAUCGCCGACCUUCUGAGGACUUCAGUGCUGAUAUAAAGGCUGAGCUGGAAGACAGUCCUGAGUACCAGCUUUUCAAGCAGACUUCAACAGCUGAAGAUGUAAGCAAUCAGCUGGAGGCACCUGAGGAGGAAACCAUGGCAGAUUUUGACACAAAUCCAGCUUCCAACUCCAGUCCCUGUAUAAAAAGUUAUUUUGGGGAAGCUUCUCUUCUUGAGAAUCAAAUGAAAGAUGAUGAUCUAAGUUCUGAGAGUCCCAAGCAUGAAGGUAUGGCUGAAUCCUCAAACCCAAGUGUUGAUAUUAGGACCCCUCGUUCCAGCUCAGAGGAGAGCGAGAAUUAUGAAGGACUCACAGUGACGGAUCAAAUGACGAAUGAAAUGUUUACUUGCACUACUAGGAGAAAGGAAAACUACGUCAUACUUUCACAAAAGGAGAGACUUCAUAAAGCAAGCAAAGAAAGCACAACAAUUGAUCAUGGAAGCAAAAUAUUCUUUACACAAACUGACACUGAAGUAACAGAGGUCAAAAUCGGGGAGCCACAACCUCAAGAAGUCCACAUUGAGAGGAACACCUCUAGCCAGGCAUCCACUGCAGUAAAGGAUAUGUCAGGGAUGUUGUCCUUAAUGAGCAGUGAGUUGGAUCAGUAUCUAAAAGCUUGGCCUGUGGCACGUCAGCCACCAGGAGAGGAUAUUGUUCAGGAGAAAUUUGAACAAACAAUUCUAAUAAAAGACAAAGAUAAAGAAAAUCUUGCAUUUGUCACUGAUGAAAAUAACGGAGCAACAGCUGGUGGCAAAACAAAAGAAAUAGAUCAUGCGCCAACAGAAGAACAUCCACUUACAUGGGGAGGUGAAGAAGAAGAGAGUGAAUUUGAAGAAGUAAACAAUACAUCAGGGUUGUUGUCAGUCAACGACUGGAAUCAGUAUGAAGAGGCUAUGCCUGUGGUUAGUCGAACAAUAAAGGAAGAUAAUGUGCAGGAAAAAUUUGAAAUUUUCACAUCCUUCACUGAUGAAAAUAAAGGAGUGACAGUAGAUUGCACAAUACAAGAAACAGAUUGCGCAGCAGUGGAAUGUAAGGUCACAAGGAAAGGUGAAGAAAUGGUGAGGGAAUUUGGAGAAACCAAAGCAACCUUGAUUGAAGAACUCCCAAUGAAGGAAGAGUGGGUAGAGAGAGAGGCUUCAUAUCAGCCAUCUUCAAAAGUAAAAGACAUGUCAGGCAUGCAAUCAGUGCUUAACAGUGACUUAGACAGGUACCUCGAGGACAGGCCAGUGAAAUUCACGCCUCCAGAAGAGGACGUUGUCCAGGAGAAAUUUGAAGAAGUUAAUCUCACCGAAAUCCAUAAAUCCUCCAGGGAGGAGCAAACAAUAACAACAUGUGAAAAAACCCAAAAAGUAGCUGGUUUUGCUUGGAAGGAUAAUAUAAGUGGAGAGACAUAUGAACCGAGUGGUGUGGUUGAACUCAAAGAACUUACACCAAGUUCUUUACUGGAGACAUCAACCCAAGAAGUUUGCAUCAAGAGGAUAGGCCAUGAACCAUCUACAACUGAGAGGGAUAUGUCAGGCAUGUUGUCACUUCUCAGUAGUGACUUGGAUCAAUAUCUCGAGGAAAGGCCAGCGGUAAUGCAAUGCCACCCAGAAGAAGAUGAACUAGUCCUUGAGUGCUACAAACAAGUUAGACUGACAACCAGUGAUUUAAACAAUAAGGUAGAUGUAGAGGCCAAUGAACAUAUGCAGGCAGAUGUAAUUGGAGUCACAGAAUUGUCACCAAGUUCUGAAUUGGAGACACCACUCCAAGAAGUUUUCAUGGAGAGAAAGUCCCAGCAACAACAGUCUGCAACUGAGAGGGAUGUGACAGGUAUGUUGUCACUGCUCAGUACUGACUUAAAUCGGUACUUAAAGGAAAAGCCAGUGGCAAUUCAACUCCACCCAGAAGAGCAUCUAGUCCAUGAGAGCUGCAAAGAAGUUUUUCUGACAAGCAGUAAUUUGGAGGAUAAGAUAGAUGUAGAGGCAGAGGAACACCUACAGACCAAUGCAGUUGGAGUUACAGAAUUGUCAACAAGUUCUGUAUUGGAGACACCAUUCCAAGAAGCUUGCAUGGAGAGUAAGACACAGCAACAACAGUCUGCAACUAAGAGGGAUAUGUCAGGCAUGUUGUCACUGCUCAGUACUGACUUAAAUCAGUACAUAAAGGAAAAGCCAGUGGCAAGUCAACUCCACCCAGAAGAGCAUCUAGUCCAUGAGAGCUGCAAAGAAGUUUUUCUGACAAGCAGUAAUUUGGAGAAUAAGAUAGAUGUAGAGGCAAAUGAACACCUACAGACCAACGCAGGUGGAGUCACAGAAUUGUCAACAAGUUCUAUAUUGGAGACACCAUUCCAAGAAGUUUUCAUGGAGAGAAAGUCACAGCAACAACAGUCUGCAACUGAGAGGGAUGUGACAGGUAUGUUGUCACUGCUCAGUACUGACUUAAAUCGGUACUUAAAGGAAAGGCCAGUGGUGAUACAUUGCCAGUCAAAAGAGGAGGUAGUCCAUGAAAGCUUUGAAGAAGUUAUACUUACAAAAGACACUAACAGAGAAACUCUUUCAUUCUCCCCUGAACAUAAGAUGAUGUCACAAGAUAAAAAUGCAGACUUUGUGAACCUCGAUAAAAAGGGAGCUAUAGAGAGUGGAUGGCAGAUAAGUUCCCAUGAAGAUGAAAGACUGAAGAGUUUUUCAUGUGAGGAAAGUGAGGCGAAAAACUCACCAUGUGCAGCGUCGCAUUUUAAUGACUCAACUGAAGGGGCAGUGGGCAUUACAAAGCCAUAUGUGACAAUGGAUGACUCUAACAAUGAUCAUAAAGAUGUUGUUGCUGAUUCAAUUCUCAAAAUACACGAUUUCCUGCAACUAACAAAUAGGUCUGACACGUUACAACGACCGGACAAUUUGAUGAACCUAAACACUGUGCUUUCUGGUGACCCAGCUAAAGAGCUAUGUCAUCAGGACUCGUUAGAGUCAAGUCCUCUCAUGGAGGAUGGAUCUUCAAAAAAAUCCCCUGAUUCAAUUGAGCCAAGCCCUACCGGAGAAUCCCCUAGUCCAGACUCUCUUGAGGGAAGUCCCACUCAAGCAAAGGAUACAGAACUUAAGACGCCAGCCAAAACAGCUGUGUACGAGGAUUAUGCCUCCCAGCUGAAAGCAUGUUAUUCUUCUGACAGAAGUUUUUGCAGGGAUGAAAGUGAGCAAGAAGAACAAGGAAAUGACUAUGGGAUCAUCCAAAUGGAAAGUGAGAUAAAUUACCAACAUUCCUUCUCAGCAAAGACAGUGACCGAUGGCAGUAUGUAUUCCGACACCAAAAUAUGUGACAGUGAGAAUCUUCACUUGCUCAUAAGGAAAGACUCUCUCGAGGCAGAUAGUGAGGAUGAUACCACCAAUAAACAGUUCACCCCAGAAGAAGAGAUGUUUAAAAUGGCUGCAAAGAUCAAAACAUAUGAAGAGAUGGAACAGGAGGCUAAAGUAAAGAGAGACAAAUCAGAGAAAGUUGAUCUCGGAAACGACGAGCCAGAUCUAAAAGAGUUUGCACAGCUUGAAGCUGAGAAACAGGUUCAUCUUUGUCCUGCAAAGGACAGAAACCCACCAGAUGAAACACUUGUUCGAACAUCAGGUAAUGAGACAACCCUCGAUCCAUUUCAGUUUCAAGAGGGGAAGCUUUUUGAAAUGACCAGAGGGGGAGCUAUUGAUAUGACAAGAAGAAGUUUUGAUGAAGGGGAAGGAUAUGCAUUUUUUCAUAUUGGGGAACAUCCAGUUGAUGAAGUUGUGCAAGAGGAGACUGAGGAAUGUCAAACAAAGUAUUUAGCUUUAGAGAAUAGUGAUUAUAUUACAGAUACAACCCUUGAAGAGAUCCCCAAAUCAUAUCUGACUCAUGGUGCCAAUGACACAAUUCCUACUCCCAAACCCAGAACUCUCGUCAAACCCUCAAGUGACAAGUCAGAAAGAGAGAUGUCACUUUCUGAAGCUGAUCUUGGCAGCUCCGUAGAGGUUCAGCUUGGUUCCCCCAGUGCUUUGGAGAGACUAACCAACAUUCAAAGUGAGGUCGAAAACUUUGAAAGUCUUGGUCUAGGCUACCUAGACUCUACCAUAGCUGACCUUCAAUCAGACACAUCCACAGUUGCCCAUUCAGCGUACUCAGAGCAGAGCCAUGAUUCAUCAGACUCCUCUCCUGAUGAUGAUGAUGAUGAUGAUGAGGAGGAAGAUGAAGAAGACCAGUGCUCAGUUAUAGAGAUGUCCCUUGCACAGGCUGGCAUCCCAGCAUAUCAUCAGGAUUCAUCCCCAUCUUUGGAAAUGACUAUGAAAGACUCACAGAAAUCUCAGCUUGAUCAGGUUCAAAGAAAAGCAGAAAGAAGCUCAACUUUGGAUCGUAGGACUAGAUCUGAGGCUGAUAGUGGCACAAGUAAAGCCUCUAAUAAAGACUGUAGGAGUUAUUCUGACAGUAGUGAACCCACUGAUAUAUCCAACCUUUCUCCAUUCAAACUUUCUGUCACGAUGCAACAGAAACCUCCAGCUCAGGCAAUCUCCUCCUCUCCCCAAAGGAAAGAAAUCCAACUCUCUACGACAACUGAAACAUCGGUUAGGUCAUCUUUGGAUGCUGAUUAUAUAAGCAGCACUAGUCACAGGAGUCCAGACUCUGUUAUCUCCACAUAUGACAUUGUGGUCUUACAUAGUACUGAUUCAGAGGUCAACCCGUUGCCAGGUGUGCAACCAUCUUCUGGGAGAGAAGAUGUAUUUCAAUCCAGGCCUGCCUGGGAUGCUACGGUGGAAACUCAGAUGCAGAGAAUCUUCGAUGAGCCAGCUCCAGACUGUACGCCAGUGGAUUGGCAGGAUGAUGCUGACAGGAAAGAGGAGACAUUGGCUAUCGUUGCAGAUCUCCUUGGCUUCAGCUGGACUGAACUGGCAAGAGAACUGGAAUUCAGUGAGGUUGAUAUCCAAUUAGUGAGAACAGAGAAUCCUAAUUCCCUCCAAGAGCAGAGCCAUGCCUUGCUACAGCGCUGGGUUGAGCGAGAAGGCAAACAUGCCACAGAGGAUUGUCUGAUUAAGAGACUAACCAAGAUCAACCGCAUGGACAUCGUCCAUCUCAUUGAAACCCAGAUGAACAAGUCAGUUCAAGAGCAGACGUCUAGAACUUAUGCAGAGAUAGAGAAGACACUGGAUCACAGUGAAGUGUCAGUAGCCCUAUCUUCAGUGCAAGAUGAUGCAGACAGCCCCAGAGUGAGAAGGGUUGAGUCUGACCGCAGACCACCCCCAGCUGUUUCUGAGGAGGACCUCUCAGUUGCUUCCCUACUGGAUAUUCCUUCCUGGGCAGAGCCUGUUGGAUACACCCACUCAGAGAGCAUGCAUGGUGACCUGUUGGAGGAGCUCGAGAUCCCACAUGAAUUGAACCCUAACCUCUGCACCUCCGAGGAUGUGAUUACGGAGGAAACUACAAGUUACGACAACUUGGAUGAGCAAGCUGAUGAAAUGCCAGACCUCCCCCCUCAGUCAGUGACGGAAGAAAAGUACAAGGAUGAAAAUGGACACAUUGUUGUCAAAAAGGUUACACGUACAAUUAUUCGCAAGUGUGUUUCCGCCGACGGCGUGGAGCAUGAAGAGGUGUCAUCAGAAGGAGCUCCCCAGGCAUCCAUCCGUGUGACGGAUGGAGACGGAUACUCCAAGGUUGUGAAGCGAACCGUACUGAAGAGCGAGGGAGACCACACAGAGGUAACAUUUGCUGAAUGUGAGGGUUUCUCAGCAUCAAGUCAGGAGGCAGCUGAAGGCUGUACGGUCAGCUGCGUAGAAAGAACAACGGUGGUGGAAGGUGAAAGGACAAUGACACACCAGGGUGAUCCGUCUUUGGCCUCCGACCUCCCCUCUGCCCAAAAAGACUUCGAACAGGGCCCACAUGCGUAAAGGUCGCACCCACAGACGAACAGUGGUGAAGGGAGCUGGGAAGCGCAAACGGGUCCUUCUAGAGCAAGUGGACAACCCCGGAAGAGGGUCAAAACCACGUGACCUCCAGCAGCAUCUCCACCAGCUCUUUCACCGCUACCACGAAGAAGAACAGGACAACGAUGAGGAUGAGGAGGAGGAGGAGGAGGAGGAUGAGGAGGAGUGAGAGUAGAGGAAUGUGUUACACUCUCCUCUAGUCCCUGGCUCUGCCCAUGCUAAAGUCUCCCCUAAUCCUAUGCAUUAGCCACAUGCAAUCCCAGUGUGCACCACGGCACCUCCAAGCUACCACUGUCUUCCCAUUUAAGUCCUGGAAGAUGACCUUUAGUUCAGUUUGUUUUCUUCCCCGGCUGUCAUAAUGUCUUCAUGAUUUUCUCUUCAUGUUCUGAUGUUGUUUUGCCUUUUUUUUGUGACCAAAGAAAGUCGUCCGUUUUUUUAUCUGAUUCAUUUAACUUUCCAUUUCAGAAUUGCUAUUUUUGUCUUGACGCUGUGGUCGAGCAACAUAGAAACCACAAAGAAACCACAAAGGGACACUAUUCACAUCAACUUACUUACAAACCUCCUGCAGGUAAAGAACACUUUACCUGCAACAUGCUGGUACUAGUCUCUGAGUAGGUGCUUGGACUGAAAGACAAUAUCUCUCACACUGCACUGCCUCUCACAGCCAGACUUUCUCACAUAUUCCUUACUUAAAAACAGUCUCACUCACUACACUAGCCUCUCCGCUCUUUUUAUUCAGGUGGUAAAGUUCUCGCACAGAGGAAACCAGACUGUAUCGACACUGAAUUUAACUGCUGCUGCUGCUGCUGCUGCUGCUGCUGCUGCUGUGUUUUGUGUAGGCUAUGUGUAACCGGUCGUUGGGAAUUAUAUAUUAUCUAUAAUCUUGACAUUACGGACAUCAGUAGCCUAGGAAUUAACAAUCACUCAUGUGACGUAGAGCAGGCAUGACUAAUCAACAUCAUUACGUCAUAGUGAUCCUAAGCUUUGACUGCUUUGUAGUUCUAUAGAUUGCCCUUCUGUCUCGCUUUCCUUUCUUUGUCUUUCUUUCCGUGUGAUUAUGUUUCAUUUUUCUGUCUUUUUCUCUUAAAUAGUUGCUCUUGAGUCAUAAUGUAUGAAUGGUGAAUAUGUGAGUGAGGUUGUGCUGUAAGAGUGUGAGGUAAAUACUGCAUUGUCAGCUGGUUUUGGAGAGGGUAUUGUCAGAAUUAUUAUAAGCUGGUUUUAUGUUUUUUUGAAGAUGUCUUGGUAUAUUUUUGAUUUAGAUAGCGUAUUCCAUUUUUUUGUUUGCCACAAGUGAAUAAGUCACAAUCUGAUAAGCCAACAGGUGAUUCAGUGUUUCUGCUUUAUUAAUUGUUUUAUCAGUUUAUCUUUUGAGUGAGUGUUGGACCAGUUGUGUGCUGUGUGUUUAUGAGUGUAUGAGUGGGGAGUCUUGUCAGAGAGUGUGUGCCAGUUUCUGUCAGCAAAGAAAAGAAACAUUUAUUUUACACAAACUGCGUUUACUCUCCUGAACGUCAGGAGGGAGCACCUCCUUGCUUUUUGUGCACAGGAUAUAAGGUAGAGUAUAAGUUAUCCACAGAGAUAGUUUCAUUUUGGCAGGGCAGAUGAUUAAAUACAAGAUAGUGAUACACCAGGCACACACACACUGAGCUUAAACCUACCAUUAUACACAGCUCAUGAGCAUCGCUACUCUAUGUAUCUACAUGUAAUGUAUUUAUUUCACUGUCACUGUUUACUUUUGUGAUUUAGAAAAAUGUCAAAUGCAAACUAGUGGAAGUUCACUGUGACAGGUAUGCUUUUAAUUUGAAAAUCAGCAUCCCUUUUCUGUGAUGACAGUUAUAUACAUAUACAAUGCAUAUUCAAAUAUCUAAUUAGGGCAUGUAUUACUGUAUCAAAGCUCAAAAAGACAAAAACAAAAUGGCUGCAGUGUGUCUAUGGCUGAUAGAGAAUAAAAGUCUACAAAUCUA